AUGCCCUCGGCGAUUGAGCUAAGGAAGUCAGUAGUCAGGUCAGUCAUGCCCUCGGCGAUUGAGCUAAGGGAGUCAGGAGUCAGGUUUAGGGCUGCGCAAGGGCGCGAACUGAGCGACAUCAAAUUCAAGAACGGGACACUCGAGUUACUGGUCUUGUAUGUAGAGGAUGACACCGAAUCAAAUUUUCGAAACCUGAUCGCAUAUGAGCAGCAUCGUCAAAGCAGAGACAUCAACUACUUCACGGAUUACGUGACCUUCAUGGAUUGCCGCAUAAGCUCUUCAAAGGACGUCGAGGUGCUUCGCCACGCAGGGAUUGUUAAGAACUACCUAGGCGAUGACAAGGUUAUUGCACAGAUGUUCAACAAGAUCGGUGACCAUGUCGCUGUAUCCGAUUCCUAUUACUCCGAGAUCUUCCCAAAUGUGAAUGCACAUUACAAGAAUAAGUGGAACGUCUGGAUCGCGAAACUGAAGAGGGAAUAUUUCCAUAGUCCUUGGGCUUUCUUGUCCGUUCCCGCAGCCAUUGUGUUGCUCUUUCUCACAGUAGCACAAACAGUAUUUUCUAUUCUUCCUUACACAAAGUAA